CGCUAGUAAAUAUCAGAUGACGAUAUGCGUGGUCAUCGGAGUGGUUCCGCCGGUGGAAGAUCCCCAGAGGAUGGAGCGGCUGCGGCAGUCCGUGAAGUCCUUCGCCGUCCACGAUGAAUCGCCCGGGCGCGAGGAGGCAGGGGGCACAUUGCAUCGGAACGUCAUUCGAUGGGCCCGGGACACAAUGCAGCAAUCGCCCUGGAUCGUCACCACGAAGAUGCCGGGGGCGUCCCGACCAUGUUGCUUUCGGCGUUUCUUGGAACCGAACACGAAGAAGCCCGGUUUUCUCCAGAACAAUUUGCGGCCUUUUUGCAAGACGCCUUCAACGAGUACCGUAGCAAGAAUGCAACAAAUGUCAACGUGGAAUACAGGUGCGAGGUCUGGGCCUCUGCACCGGCUCCGUUGCCCUUGACGAAAGUUGGUGGAGACAGCAUUGCUGCCGACAAGACUAGCAACCACCCAAAACAUCGUUCUCUGCGGGUACUCCGAUCCGAGUUUCGAACCAAGGGGCUGUGCGUGUUGCCCGGGGUCUUGUCGUGUAGUGAGACCACCAACGAUGACGACGACCACGAUUCGUCGGUCUUGGAGAGGGUCCAGUCUCUGGUCCACUGGCAUAUCCAAACCGCCGAAGCCGCCAUUGCCAAGAACCACCCGCAGAUCCUCCUCGGCGAGGACUCCUUUUUGUUUCGGGAAAUGGCCUCGCGGUCCAAGCAGCGUUUCGACCUGCUGGUUCCAAGAGAUACAGAACUGUACAAGCUCGUGCGGGAACGGGUCUUUGGAAGCGAAGGGGAGAUGGCCGAAGCGGGUGGCGGCAUUGGUUCUCGCAAUGCUUUCGCGAGCGAAUUGCUCCAGCGGCUGUUCCUGGAUCGAGACGAGGCUGGCGCUUCGGAGGGGUCGGCGGCAGCAGCCGAUUGGGACAUGGAUCUUUCGGUGGUGUAUUCCAAGCCCGGAGCCAACCACCAGGGGUGGCACGCCGACGGUGCCCACGCGGACGGCGCACCCGAUGCCGGGUGGUCGUCCGAAUGCGAGCCCGGAAGCAGCAACGGAAGCACGGGGGACGCCUUUGCGCUGUCCCUGGCGGCCCCCUACGCAUUGUGCUGGUUCGUCCCGCUGGUCGACCUCGAUCACACGGUGGGCUUUACCCAGUUCUGGCCGGGGUCCCACAGGCACCGGGCCCUGGUGGGCUUUGGGCCCUUUGCGGAGGUCGCGGGGGCGACCUGGGACAGGAUCGUCCCAGCGGGAGACCCCGUUUGCUACGACUAUCGGCUGCUCCACCGGGGCAUGCCAAACAAAAGCGACGCGCUGGUCGCCAAAGCCAACGGCGGCGGCGAAAGCACCCCGUUGCCGCCGCCGUUCAUUGCGGGGUACUUUCGGCCUCCCUAUCGACCCGUGCUGCAGCUGCUGUGUCGGCGAACCUGGUACAAGGAAAAGAACAAUUAUGGGAGCGAAUCCAUCUAUGAACCUAGCAGCUUGUAAGCUUUGUACUGUAGCUGGUAAAACACUGGCCUGGAACCAAUCCAUUCCAAAUUAAACCUGUAGCCUUGAAACGGCAUUAGAGUGCAUAGGUUUUUUGCUACGAUAAAGGCAUCUGAUAUGUGCUUUUCUAGAUGGAUGUUACCUAAGCCGGGAACUAUAACUCCCCGUGCCGACAGUUGGUUUCAUUUCUUCACAUGUUUUUGAAAAGUAGGCAACGAUGUCAUUGUAGGAAUGAUUCGCCUUGUUUCUGAUAUGCUCAAGAAAAAUCGCGGUGUUCCGUCUCAAUCAAAAGUCUAGAAAUAGAGUAGUAGUAGAUUGGAAACAGAUAUCAUCCGUUGUUGGGAUGCGCCACUAGGUAUGAUUACGAGUGUUGAACCCUCUAGUCCACAACUGUUCUACCCUUCCGGGAUGAUUGAACAAUCACUCAACCAGAGAUUAGAUGCAUUAACAAGAUAAUUCACUAAUAGAUAAAUUAAAGAAUA